AUGGCACGCAUUGCUUCGACAGAAACGGCGAAACAAGAAUUGUCCCAAAAUCCUCAGGAUUUAUCCGACGAUGAACUCGCAGGCGAUGAACCGACAUGGGAAUGGAUAUACAACUCUACCCCAAAGACCGAACGAAGCGAUGAUCCCCAGAGCGAUAGAAAACGAAGAAAAGUAGUCGGCGACAGGAUUGUGGGAGCCAAGAUUGGCCAAUUCGAAUGUCGAAUCGGAGAUACUGUUAUGCUCAAGGCCGAUGGAUUUAAUGAAGUAUGGGUCGCUCUGAUCUGCGAGUUUGUCGAGGAUGAUGGAGAGGGCGAAAAGGCAGCCAACUUCAUGUGGUUCUCGAGCGAAAGGGAGAUUCGAAACAAGGACAAAAAACGAACAGACUUCUUUCCAAACGAACUCUACCUAUCCCCAUCAUGGGACAUCAACCCCCUGGCGUCCGUCAAUGGAAAGGCUAAGAUUAUGUCCCAUGACGCCUUCCUAUCUAAAUAUCCCCAAGGUCGAGUUCCUCGAAACCAUGCAGACUUUGGUAAGGUCUUUAUCUGCCGGCGAGGCUGCAACACUCGUACUGCAACUUAUACAAACGAGUUUAUAUGGGAGGAAAUAUACAAUGGCGAGGAUGACCUCUUUGCUCUGAUGGACAGGGUCAAAGCCGGCACAAAAGCAACACGGCAACGUCGUAAAGCUCGAAGCCCGUCCCCUAUGGACGAUGCUUAUCAUCCUCCUCAGGUCCCACAGACUCCGACCAAGACUGGGCGAGGUUCAACAGCAGCCACGCCAACUUCUCGAAGAAGCCAAGCAACACCGGGUUCUCGUGUAAAGAGGAGUGCAAGCAAGAGACUUGAAUUCACACCAUUGGCAACACGUAAACUCUCGCCGAGUCAUGUUGAAUCUUCGCCAUUCCAAAUAGCACGAUCUCGCCUGCAUGUGUCUUCGGUGCCCACUAGUCUUCCGUGUCGAGAAGGAGAGUUCUCCCUAGUAUACUCUCAUCUCGAGGCCGCCAUCUCAGAUGGUACCGGUAAUUGUAUUUAUAUUUCAGGUACGCCCGGUACCGGUAAAACUGCUACAGUCCGCGAGGUUGUUUCGAGGCUGGAGGAGGCGGUAGGAUCCGACGAGCUCGACGACUUUAUCUUCGUCGAGAUCAAUGGUAUGAAGAUCACGGAUCCUCACCAGUCUUAUACUCUUCUCUGGGAGGCCCUUAAGGGGGAACGAGCCAGUCCAACCCAGGCCCUCGAUCUCCUAGAAAGGGAAUUCAGCAACCCGAGUCCUCGCCGUACCCCCUGUGUGGUGCUUAUGGACGAGCUUGACCAGCUAGUCACCAAGAACCAGGCGGUCAUGUACAACUUCUUCAACUGGCCUGCCCUGCGGCAUAGUCGCCUUAUUGUCCUGGCAGUCGCCAACACUAUGGAUCUUCCAGAACGAACACUGACCAACAAAAUCAGUAGUCGUCUAGGCCUUACACGUAUCACAUUCCCCGGUUACAAUCACGAGCAGCUUAUGAGAAUCAUUCAAUCGCGACUGGAAGGAGUCCCUGGAAACAUUGUAGACCCGGACGCCAUUCAAUUUGCUAGUCGAAAGGUAGCUGCUGUCAGCGGUGACGCUCGAAGAGCCCUCGACAUUUGUCGUCGAGCUGUCGAGCUGGCCGAGGCGGACGCCCCCAGUGAUCCCACAACUCCGAGCAAGCGAGAACCCCAAACACUAACAAAGGGUUCUGGCCGCGUUACUAUUGCAACAAUUAAAAAGGCCAUUAACGAGGCCACUACUAAUCCCAUCCAGCAACACCUUCGCAGUCUCCCACUAAUGUCCAAACUCGUCAUGGCAGCUCUCCUGAUGCGUAUUCGAAGAACAGGUUUGGCCGAAACAACAUUUGGCGAAACAUUGGACGAGAUACACCGGGCCAAUCUUCGAGCUCCGCAAGCGCUUCCUGGUAUCGCAGCGGUUCUCGAUAGUGGCCUGAAGGGCACAAUGACGAGUGCGCAGCGCCCAAUGACCCGGCCUGGACACAUACACACAGCGGCCCUCGAGUUGGUGGCGGCUGGUCUAAUUAACCUCGAAAAUCAGCGCGCUGAAAGAUCGAGUAAGCUCCGCCUCUCCAUUGCAGACGACGAAGUGAAAAUGGCCCUCCGCGAUGACGGGGACCUAAAAGCCUUGGGUAUCGGUGUAUAA